ACGUGGAGGGAUCCGAUCGAAAAUGUUCACUGGAAUCAAGCUUUUCUGCCUUGAGAGUUAUAUGGAGGAAAACCUUACUCUUCGAUGCCAGGAUUCACGACAUGCGAAAUAUUCUAACAUGCAUAUCUUCAGCUACGUUUUGUGACAAUAAGGGGAUGAAGUCGACCACAAUGGAAAAUCUAGUGCUGGCACUCCUCACACUUCCAGUCCUUUUGUCCCACAUCGAUGUGGCUCUCGGAGCAGAAAAAGUCCCCAUCCUGAACAUUGCCGUGAUCCUGGGGCGAACCCGCUACAUCUCGGAUCGUGACAUACGGGCCCUGUGGAGCAAGGAUGACCCCAUCGACGUGAAUGUGGUGACAGUGCUGGUGAACGAGACUGAUCCCAAGAGCAUUAUAACCCACGUGUGUGACCUGAUGUCCGGGACUAAGAUCCAUGGAGUGGUGUUCGGGGAUGGCACUGACCAGGAGGCCAUUGCCCAGAUUUUGGAUUUUAUUUCAUCCCAGACGUUCAUACCCAUCUUGGGCAUCCAUGGAGGGUCUUCCAUGAUUAUGGCAGACAAGGAUGUGAAGUCUACUUUCUUCCAGUUUGGGGCCUCCAUCCAGCAAGAGGCACUGCUGAUGCUGAACAUCAUGGAGGAAUAUGACUGGCAUGUCUUCUCUAUAGUGACCAGCAAGUUUCCAGGGUAUCAGGAUUUUAUCAGCAUCUUGAAGAUUACCGUGGACAAUAGCUUUGUGGGCUGGGAUUUACAGAACAUCAUCACCCUGGACGCAGUGGUCGGGGACACAAAGACCCAGAUCCAGCUGAAGAAGAUCCAGUCCUCAGUCAUCUUGCUGUACUGCUCCAAGGAUGAGGCGGCCUAUAUCCUGGAUGAGGCGCGCUCCCUGGGCUUGACGGGGUUCGGGUACAUCUGGAUCGUUCCGAGCCUGACGACCGGCAACCCUGAGAUCACGCCGGAUGAGUUUCCCUCUGGAAUGAUCUCGGUGUCCUAUGACGACUGGGACUACCCCCUGGAGGCACGCGUGCGAGACGGGCUUGGAAUUAUUACCAGCGCUGCUGCGUCCAUGCUGGAGGAGUUUGGUGACAUCCCGGAGGCCAAAACCAGCUGCUACGGACAACUGGAGAAAACCAAGCUGCCUCCCAGCGCAUUACACAAGUAUAUGAUGAAUGUCACCUGGGAUGGCAGGGAUUUGUCCUUCACAGAAGAUGGGUACCAAGCCAACCCCAAGCUGGUGGUGAUAGUUCUCAACAAAGACAGAGAGUGGGAAAAGAUGGGCAAAUGGGAGAACAAAUCUCUGACCUUGAAGUACCCUGUCUGGCCCCGCUUCAACUCCUUUGGUGACGCAGAGACAGACGACAACCACCUGAGCAUCGUGACUCUAGAGGAGGCUCCCUUUGUCAUUGUGGAGAAUGUGGAGCGUCUAACGGGCACGUGUAUGAGGAACUCUGUGCCCUGCCGCAAGCACAUCAAAGACAACUCCACCACGGAGGGAACAUACAUCAAAAAAUGCUGCAAAGGCUUCUGCAUUGACAUCUUGAAGAAGAUCGCCAGGAAUGUAAAAUUCACCUACGACCUCUACCUGGUGACCAACGGCAAGCAUGGCAAGAAGAUCAAUAACGUUUGGAACGGCCUUGUGGGGGAGGUGGUGUACAAGAAAGCUAUCAUGGCUGUGGGGUCGCUGACAAUCAACGAGGAGCGCUCUGAGGUCAUUGAUUUCUCCGUCCCCUUUGUGGAAACUGGCAUUAGCGUAAUGGUGUCAAGAAGCAAUGGAACAGUCUCUCCGUCUGCAUUUCUGGAGCCCUUCAGUGCUUCUGUGUGGGUGAUGAUGUUCGUGAUGCUGCUCAUUGUGACGGCCAUAGCGGUCUUCCUAUUUGAAUAUGUCAGUCCUCUGGGAUUCAACAGAAACCUUGCACAAGGCAGAGACCCUCAUGGACCAUCCUUCACAAUUGGGAAAGCAAUAUGGCUGCUGUGGGGCCUGGUCUUCAAUAACUCUGUACCUGUGCAGAACCCCAGAGGGACCACCAGUAAAUUCAUUGUGUCUGUGUGGGCCUUCUUCGCUGUCAUCUUCCUGGCCAGCUACACUGCUAACCUGGCUGCCUUCAUGAUCCAGGAGGAGUUUGUUGACCAGGUCACUGGACUUAGUGACAAAAAGUUCCAGAGUCCACACUCCUAUUCACCCCCUUUUCGUUUUGGGACGGUUCCCAAUGGAAGUACAGAGAGGAACAUCAGGAAGAACUAUCCUGAUAUGCAUCAGUACAUGGUCAAAUACCAUCAGACUGGGGUGCAAGAUGCAUUAGUCAGCCUGAAGACUGGGAAACUGGAUGCCUUCAUAUAUGAUGCAGCGGUGCUGAACUACAUGGCUGGGAGAGACGAGGGGUGUAAGCUGGUGACCAUCGGAAGUGGCUACAUCUUUGCCACCACAGGCUAUGGGAUUGCUCUGCAGAAAGGCUCAUAUUGGAAGCGCCAGGUCGACUUAGCGAUUCUUGCCAUCAUUGGAGAUGGAGAGAUGGAGGAACUGGAGGCUCAAUGGCUGACUGGCAUCUGCCACAAUGAGAAGAAUGAGGUGAUGAGCAGCCAGCUGGAUGUAGACAACAUGGCAGGUGUCUUCUACAUGCUGGCUACAGCCAUGAUUCUGAGUCUGAUUGUCUUCAUCUGGGAGCACCUCUUUUACUGGAAGCUUCGCUACUGUUUCACCGGAGUGUGUUCUGGAAAGCCUGGACUGCUCUUCACCAUCAGCAGGGGUAUAUGGAGUUGCAUUCAUGGUGUCCAUAUUGAUAUGAAGAAGAAGUCUCCUGACUUAGACUUCAGUCCUCAGACUAACAUGUUAAAGCUCAUUAAGACAGCCAAGCAGAUGACUAAUAUGACAAAUCUCAGUGCAUCGAGGAUCAACUCUCCUAAACGUGCAGCCGACUACAUGCAUUCAUCUGGGCCUAUGCUAAUGGAUAUGGUGGGAGAUAAAGGGAAUUUCGUCUACACUGACAAUCGCAGCUAUGCCCCAAAGGAGAUGAUCUACAGUGACAGCAGCGACUUCCAGGCCUUUCUGGCCAACCGCCACAAGGACCAUCUGAACAACUACGUUUUCCAGGGCCAGCAUCCUCUGACUCUGAACGAGUCCAACCCCAACAAGGUGGAGGUCGCUGUUAGUGCCGACGCCGCACAGGCAAGCUCUAAGCCGCGUGCGCUGUGGAAGAAGUCAGUGGAGACGCUGCGGCAGAGCCAGGGUGCUGUCCAAGACACGCUGCCCCCCGACUCUCGCCUGACCAUGAAGAGCCAGCGCUAUCUGCCCGAGGACACCGCUCACUCGGACAUAUCCGACUGCUCCAGCAGGGCUGCCUCCUACAAAGAUCCUGACAACAACCAGAAGCACCUGAAGCCCAAGGAUAACUUAAAAAAAAGAUCGAUGACGUCAAAAUACCCUAGGGAUUGCAGCGAAGUGGAGCUGUCCUACUUAAAGAGCAAGCAGGUAGGGCAAACGCGCGAAAAAAUAUACACCAUAGACUCAGACCGGGAGCUGAGUUUGCACUCGGAUCCUCUGCAUUACAGAGAAAGCAGGGGGCUACAGGAAAAUUUGGAAUACCCCGAAAUGUAUUCAGACCACAAUGACACCUACAGAAAGGCCGAUCAGCCCAUCAUCCAUCUCAACAGCAGCCCCCUCCAUCACACCGACACUGAGAUCGUCCCCAGCAAUGAAAACAAAUACAACCAGUACUCCAAGUACUACAGCCUGAGGGAAAAGAACGUCACCUCGCAUGAGUCAAACGAUCGCUACAAACAGACUCACUGUCGGAGCUGUCUGUCGAAGGUGCCAAAUUAUUCGGCACACUACACUGUCCGAUCCCCUUACAACCGUUGUGAAGCAUGUCUGCACAUGGGCAACUUGUACGACAUAAGUGAGGAUCAGAUGAUGCAGGAAAACCCCACCGUACAGCAGGGUGAAAUGUUCAACCGGUACUGGUCCCAGACUGAUGGACCUCACGCAGAUAAGAGGAAUAGACUGAGACUCAGUAGGCAGCAUUCCUAUGACAAUAUUCUCGAGAAGCCCAAGGACACUGACCUGGGCCGGCCGGCACGCAGUGUCAGCCUGAAGGAGAAAGACCGGUGUCUUGAGGACAGCCCUUAUGCAAACAUUUUCAAUGUCAAACAGGACAAACUGCUCAGCAGCAAAUCCAUGAUCUUCAACCACAACCCAGAGGAGAUUAAGAGAAGUAGAUCACUUUACCCCGAACACCCCUCUGAAAACCCCUUCUUCCAUUCCUUACGAGACGAUCAGCGCCUCGUCCACGGCAGAAGCUCCUCUGACAUUUACAAACAGUUGGCACCAGUUAAAUCAAGGAGUGACAACAAUCAGAGGUCCUCAGUGAAGUCCACCACCUCCUACUGCUCCAGGGAUGGUCGAACACCUAAUGACAUGUACUUUUCAGAGCAAGUAAUGCCUUAUGUAGCCAAUAAGACGAGUGCAUACACAACUCCCCGGGUUCUGAAUUCUUGCAGCAAUAGAAGAGUAUAUAAGAAAAUGCCUAGUAUUGAGUCAGAUGUUUAACGCUCUGUUUAUACAGCUUGAAUAUUUAUCCACCUACAUGUAAAUCAUGUACCCACGUACUUUCUUGACAAAAGAACAGAAACAAAGACUUCAC